AUGGGGGACCAACCUUGUGCCUCUGGGAGAUCCACGCUCCCACCAGGAAAUACAUGGGAACCCAAGGCUCCAAUAAAGCGCUGUCUCCUGGCUCUGUGGUGGGAUUAUCCAGAAGGGACUCCCAGUGGAGGUAGUACCACUCUCUUUUCGGUGCCUCCUCCUGCAUCUGGUGGACUGAAGUCGCAUCCUCGUCCUCCUCCUCCUCCUCCUCCUUCUCCUCCGGAGAAGUAG